AAAAAUAAAAGAUAUAAACAUGAAUUGAGAAAGUCUUUUCUACUGUUGAACCCCACCUUCUCCAAGCAAUCUCUCUCUCUCUCUCUACAUGUUUCUUUGACUUAGACGCCUUUACAAAACAUUAAGCCCAAAACCCAAACACACACACAAAGUAAAACCUAUCAACAGAAAAAAAAAAAAAGGAAGAAAAGAAACUACACCGGACACUUGUCUUCGCUAACGUGCGCAUCAUCGCCGGCUGAUCUUGCUAAUGGGCGCCGGGGUCCGCCGCCUCGUCUCAGCCGCUCUCGCCGCAUUGGCUCUGCUCUUCCUCUCUUUCUUCUCCUCCUCCGCCGCCGUCUCUCUCCCCCGUCUCGGACUCGGGCUUGAACAUGGGAGAGAAGAGGGUUAUCCGGGUCGGGUUAUUCUGGGUCAGAAACGGUUCACCGGACCGGGUUCGUCGCCGCCGACAUGUAGAUCGAAGUGUGGGAGGUGUGAACCGUGUAAACCGGUUCACGUACCGAUUCAACCCGGUUUGAGUACGCCAUUGGAGUACUACCCUGAAGCCUGGCGGUGCAAGUGCGUGAAAUCUCUGUGUUUUGUAUAAAAAGUAGAGGAAACUGAUUUGGGGGUUCAUGUGAAGAAAACGACGACGUUGGGAAUGUAAGUUUUGUUAGGUGACGUCAUCCACUGUCCUUUUCUCUCUCUCCCCCUCACAUUU